CCAAACCCAGCAUUGCAUUACAGCAAGCUAACUAGGCCUCGCGAAAAAGGGCAUCCGCCAAACAAGAAAUUGAACAAAGCCAGGACUCAUCUCACGGUGUGAAAUUUUUAUUAGGCUAGACUCUCUAGAAUCAUAUUUGAUACUAACAAGAUCAUCACGACUUGCGAUAUUCUAUUGUGACUAUAAGGAUAGUCGGACCCACGAUCCACGGACCAUUCUGGGGGGGUUGGCACGACAAUUGAUUCUUCAGCAUGAAAAUGCCUCUAUCCAGCUGGAAACUUUCUGCGAGAAGCAUAAUAUGACGGAAUACACUCAAGGCUCGGCCGCCCCCGAAGACUUCUGCCAACUCAUAGUCGAAAUAUCGAAAAAUUUCAUCUCUACCAGUAUUGUAGUAAAUGGCCUAGAUGAGGCCGGAGAAUUUUGCGCGGACGUUACAAGGCACUUACAAUCCUUAAAUCAGCCAUCGGGAACAAUCAAAACCUUGCUUGCUAGUCGCAAUGAGGUUGAUAUCCGAAGUGUGUUGACAGAUUAUGCUAGUAUUUCCAUUGCUGCAAGAAGUGGCGACCUGCAACUUUAUGUGCAUUCUGAGAUUCAGACGCGAAAGAAGCUGAAUAAACUUCACAUUCAAGAGCCUGAACUGAUAGGCCAUAUUGUCAAAGUCCUUACAGAGGGUGCUGAUGGCAUGUAUGGUUUUGGCCCCUAAAAAAUCCUGACUGUAUAACUAAAUGUAUCUAGGUUUCGGUGGGUUGCAUGUCAAAUGGACUAUCUUUGUGGAUGCAGCACAGACCGAGAUCGCCGUGAGGCACUGAAGAAAUUACCGCCAGAUUUACCUAAAUCAUACGACCGUAUUCUUGAAAGAGUAAACAAGAGCAGCAAAGAAAACCAAGCACUUGUCAGGCAUACACUUCUCUGGGUGGUGCACGCCGUUAAGCCACCGACUACAACACAACUGCUUCAAGCGCUUGCAGUACGUCCUGGUGACAAAACUUUUGAGAGGAGAAAUAUGAUUACGUUAGAUGAACUUCUUAAGUGGUGCAGUAGUCUCGUGCGCAAAAGUUCACAGUCGGAUUACCUAGAGCUUGCUCACUUCACAGUAAAGGAGUAUCUCCAUGGACAUUAAUGAGUCUUGUGGCGCAGAUAUUGCACAAUACCGAUUGUCUGUUGAUCACACGGAUAUUGCGAGAACGUGUUUUCGAUUUCUAGGUCUUUCGGAGUUUGAUGGAGAGCCUGUACCUCUGGAUAAUGCUAAUCCUGACUUAUCAGGUUUCAAUGUGGUCUGGCAUGCU